GACAGUAGAGCCUGUCAGAAAUUCUUCCCCUCUCUCUUGCCUCUCCUGCACUUUUCUUUCUCUCUCUCGUUCUGUUAUUCCUCUCCUUUCCUGCUUUCUCUCUCCUCCACCUGUGUGACCUGGAGGCAGCCUUAGCUCGCCUGACAGUCAGGUGAUUACAGCCCUGCUGUCUGUCUGUGAGGAGCUGGACUCGCUUCAUGUCCUGAGUGUAUAUUGAUGAUCAUCGUCUGUUUACAAUCUGUGAAGCCCCCUCUGAGGGCUUUAGAGCAGCUUAAUUCCCCCCAUCUGGCAGCUGAAAUAAACCCUUAGUUCUGUUGGGAAUGAACAGGGAGCACGAGCAGAGCAACAGGAACUGCAUCAAAGAAAAUCAGAGAUCUCUUCUUCCUCAAGACUGAAGACGGACAGAUGAGUCUUCCUUAGCUGUACCUUUCCAGUGUCACCAGCUUACUGACAUGCCCUGCAAUUUGUAAACCUCUGUAGCCAUGGCUUUGAGAGUGGACCUCACUCAAGACCCAGAUCAACAAAAAAAGAGGCAGACGGUUCCUGUGCCUGGCUGAGACAGUAACUGAGGUCAGAGAGAGGUAACAGUUGGUUCAAAGGUGAAUGGAGAUUAAAAAAAACACCAAAGCAGGCAUUCUGUUCUGGACUCCUGCCCCUGCCCACACUUCAUCCACCAGCUCUGUAAUAUCUGAGGACGAGUGGGAGGAUGAGGAUGAAGAACAGGCAGGGAAAGAGGAUGACUUUGGCAGCCAGAUGGAUGACAAUGGCAUCAUUGGACUGUCGGAGGCAAUGGACAAUGUGGAGUUGGGGAAAACCUGUGGUGAUGCAGAUGCAGAAUAUAAUCCAACCUGUUAUUCUAGACCUCUCACCCCAGAGGAGGCUGACGCUAGUGGGCAUGAGGGGGACACACCACCUGGGGAGUGGAAUUACACCCUGAGUGAACAUCUGUCCUUGACUGAAGCAGCAGGAGAGGAUGUACAAAUACUGUCACCCUGUGAUGGCAUGAGUAGCUUAAAAGCACAGACAGAGGGUGAGGAGGUGAGGCAGAGAAAGGAAGAGCACCUAUCUAACAGGGACACAUACCUGGACAUGACAGAGGAGGAGAAAGUGAUGAAGAGGAGUGACAGCAAGAGAAAGAAAUGUGAACAAAGUAGCACAUUAGGAGAGCUUGGAGCUACAAAAGGCUUGGCUGGGAGCUCUAUUAACAAAGACGAGGUUGAGAAGAUCAGAGCACAGUCCUGUGUCGCUCAGAUGUCAGCGGUAAAACUUGCUGAAGUCUCCAACCAUCACUGCCCAGUAUCCCAGCCUGCCUCAGUUGUCACAGCCACAACUUUCCCUCAUCUUCUCCACUUCACUGCUGAAGAAAUAGCGGCUGCUCCAGGGAUUGAAGCUGAAACGUUUCCAGAGAUGGGCUUCAUAGAAAGUUAUCCAGAGUCACACAGCAGCCACAUGAGCCUCACGCCCAGUCCUCGUCCUCGAAAAUCUGAAAAGCAGGAGCUGAAGGGACUUCAGACAGCAGCUGUCUUUCCUGAACAAGUGAUGGCAAAUUGUUAUAGUGGAGUCUGUAAAGGGCCUUUAAAGGGAUCAGUAAAGUCAGAUAAGCAGUCCAAUCACAAGAGGAAAAUGAGUCAGCCCUCUUCUAAAGCUUCACAUUCAAGGAAUCGUUCCCUCAGCACCGUCAGGGCAGACUCCAUAAAAUCCAGACAGCAUCCAGACAGAGAGCUGAUGAUACCCAGUGCCAGGACUAAAGCUGCUGAAGUGAAUGAAUCCAGAAACGGGCCUCUGAGUUACCGCACACCAGACUUCUCUCAGGUGGAGCCCAGGGUCCAUUUCCCCAAAGGUGGUUACAAGCCUCCCAAGAGCAGACGCUCUCCCAAGAGGGAAUCCCUGUCCCCUGAGCCCCCUAUAGUGUUCAAGUCUCCUGCUGACAUUGUGAAAGAAGUACUGCUGAACACCACUGAUGGAUGUCCUCCAUCAGACUCUAACAGACCACCAGUCAGUGCCCCCAACUCCACUGUGCCUCAGGAGUUCAGAUGCCGGCAUCAAGCCACCACACUGCUUGAACAGCUACAGGAGGACUACAACAGACUGCUGACUAAGUACGCUGAAGCAGAGAACACCAUUGAUCGUCUGCGGCUAGAAGCUAAGGUGAACCUGUACUCUGAGGCACCAAAGCCCGGCCACUUGGUACAGUCGGGACUGAGCCACGUUUCAAACGUCAUGACCUUGGACUUUGCUCAGGCUCAGAGAGCAGAGAUCAACUCAGCUUCUCCCUCUCCAAACGGACACAGUGCCCAUCAGAUCCUCCAGGUGGGACAACAGCUGGCGAAGACUCUCUACAAUCAGGCUGACAAGUUCCUCCAGCAGCUGCACACUUUUGAGGAUCUCCUAAAGAGAGGAAAACUCAAACCUUUUGAACAGAUGAAGGGUCUCUCACAGCUUGCUGAGGGGCUCAACUCUUUAGAGAGGGGCUACCUGUUGGCGAGGGAUGAGCUCAAACUCCUGCAGCAGCGAGGGGCAGAAAUCAGUCACUUUGACCCUGAACGGGAGCUGGAGGGGCUCAUCUACCAGUGUGGACUGCAUAUGGAUGAGCUGAGGGAGCAGGUGGAACAGAUGCGACAGGAGCAGCCCACCUGUGAGGCUCCUCCCUCUCCACCUCCUCAACCCAUGCCUUUAUCUGUUACCUCUGAGAGGGGAGAAACUCUGGUCCAAUCCCAAUGUCCACCUUCACAGACUCACAGCCUUGGAGGCGUGUUCCCGAGAUCGCCUGUGCCUUUGCUGGCACAUGCAGGAAGAGCAGCAGAGGUGGAGGUGAGCUCAGCCAGAGAAGAAAGUGAUGAAGAGGAGGCAGAGAUGGAUGAUGAAGACAGUCUGAGUUCUCUGUAUCUCAAACCUGUGAAAGGCAAACACAGACAUGUUGAACAAGACUUUGACGCGCUGAUGGAUCACUACCAAAACUUCAAAGACCUUCCCAAAAUGUUUGACCAAAUCCAUAGCGACAUACAGCCUGGGGAUGAUGAGACAGAGGGACGGGGUCAAGGAACUGGACACAUGGAAGUCCAGAAAAGCCUUCCACAGAGAGUGAAAGCCGAAUCAGACCAUCAGGAAUCUGCUGUUGGCAUCAGCAAACAGCGGACCAGCAAGUCCAGUCAGCCUUCACACAGGGCCUCCAGUCAGUCCACCUUGCUCUCUGUUCAUCCUCCCAGUAGCCACAGGAGGUUAGGGAUGGGAAAGUCCCACAGUAGCAGCCUGAGCAGCCUGGGAGAGAUCACUGCACCAGAGAGGAGAAACUCCAAACUCCAGACUGGGAGCAGGAGAGUGCUUUCUCAGGAUGGGAUCAUCUCUCCAGAGACAGACAGUGGGUUUGUUGGUUCAGAGAGCAGCAAUCUAACUCCUGCAGCAGCUCCCAGUCCUCUCCACCAGAGGGCCUCACAGAGUGCUUCAGUCCACCAGGAGGGGAACACAGGGAAACAUCAGACAGGCCCAGUCUCAGCACCAUCUCCUGCUUCCUCACGGUCACACAGUCGCACAGCUACGGAGUCAAGAGGGGCCUCCCAGCUCGGCCCCGACCAGCCUAACAGACGCAGACAGAGUAGGCGCACCUUCUCGUGCGCCCCGCAGCGCUGGGUCGGUCAGAUGGAGCAAACCAGGGCCGACAGUGGAGCCAGUGAGUUUGGGCUGGAGAGUGACAGUUCUCACAUUGUGUCUGAUGAUGGACAGAGUGACCAAUACGCAGAAUCCAUUCCCUCCCUCCACAUCUCCCACCCAAGCUCCUCACCCACUGUAUGGUAUUACCAUGGCGAUUCUCUCAGAGCCAUGGGCUUCAGACAAUUGGCGAAUCGCAAUGAUACGAUCCAGACACUGCAGGCUGAGGUCACCACACUGAAGGACAGACUAGAAAGCUGUCUGAGCAAUAAACCUUUCAGUCCCAUGAGAGCUGCUCCUUCAGCUCAAGUGAACUACACUCACCACUUCACCUCUACACCUCGCAUCAGGCCUGAGGAGAGAUGUCAGAGUGACGACAGCAGGGGAAGAAGAGAAAGACGAUUGGUUGAUGAGGUAGAAGAGGAGUCUAGAAUGAGACGAACAGCCAGAGAGAGAUCACCCUGUGUAGACAUACAAAAACCACAACGUGACAUCUGUUCAGAGCCGGAGACCCCCACAACCCAGUCUCGGCCUCGGGUGUCCAGAUGUACUCAAACAUCCACUGCAGCACCAGACAGCUCCUGUUCACACACAAAUACUACCCACAGCAAGCGAACACGCCCCAGGCAGCAUCCUGCCGUGUCUAUACAAGUGCCUAACAGACCACAUGAACCUGACAGCAGAAACCAUCAAGCUCCUGUUUGUCUCGAGUGUUCGUCUUGUCACAGAGGACGAUCUGAACGACCAGGUGGUGGCAACAGAGAGCCGACCCACUCCUCCUCUCACUGUCCUCACUGUGGACGCCCUGAACCGUACAAAAGCACUAAGCCAGACUGUCGCAGAGACUCAGACUCCCCCACACACACAAGCUGCCAACCGGCCAAGUCCCAUGACAGAGCGGUGAGGAACAGAUACGCUGCAGCUCCACCUGCACUGCUGCAGUGCAUGCCAGUGUGCCCACCACCACUCCUGAUGUACUCACUGCCCCUCCACGUGUCUCCUAGCAACAGCACUGGCACAUCCUCAGGGGUCAAAGGUCACGAAGAGGUGAGGGGGAGGAUGAGACGCUCCCUGUCUACUGAUAAGCAGCACACCUUGGACACCUCUCUGAACAGAGCAAUCAAAGCAGCUCAAAACAUGAAGCACACCUCGAGACACAUGGCUCGCUCUCUGGCUACUGGACUGCAGUACCAGGAGCUGCUGACUCAGUCCUACAGCUGCUAGACUGAACUCACUUUACUGGCAGCUUAGACUGAGAAACUUUCACUCAGCAGACACAAGCAGGACCAAAGUGAAUAAAAAGUCUACAAUCCCCCCUUAUUUUAACUUUUCUUAAGUUUGUACAUUUGGGGAAAACUGGUGCUGAAGCUUCUUAAUUUUUAAAUGGCAUUUUAUGGCAACAGUUAAGUCUCAGGUCGGCACACAUGAAUUUGUUUCUUCCGCAGACAUUUAUUUAUAAAGACGCUGAUGUUGGCAUACAUGGAAAUCACUUUCUAUAAUGAUGUAGUACUGUAGCUCAGUUUGAUUGAAACUGUAGUAAGUUGAUCAUAUUGAUUUUUAAACCCAUGAGGUAAAGACAUUAGUUUUUUUACUUAACAUGAGAAAUUACAGCUGUCUGGAUAUGGCAGUUGUCAUGAGUUAUAUUAAGCUAUUUAUUGAUCAUGUGACUAUAUUUUUAAUGUGACUAUUUUUUCUAGUUUGUAGAAAAAAUAAGUUCAGGAUUUCAGUGUUAUUGUAGUGUACAUGUAACAUGUUACACUCUAAAUGAAAUGCACUCGCUCACUGCACCUGCUCCAUUUUGGAUGGUCAUAUUACAAACCAUCAUGGAUUUAUUUUGUUAAUAGAACCUUGCUUGUCAUUCUUUAUCUCCAAAAUAUAAUGAAUAGUUGUGUGGCCGCACAAACCUUGAGAUGCUGGAUAUCCUUAAAAUUAGUUCUUCUUCCGUGUUGUUAAGUCAUUUUCUAUGUAUAGCCUACACGUUCAAAAUUGUGGAGUUUAGAAUGAUAUUUUGUACAGGGUUUAAUCAUAAGCUUGCAACUGUACAUGAGCCAGAGGAACCAGUCUACUGUAACUGACCAGCUUUAUGUGGAUAAGACAUUCAGAUACCAGCACUGCGGUGGUGAAGGCUUUUUGACAUCCAGGCUGAUCCAGAUUUACACACUGGUGAGAUUGCAAAGACAUAGGAUUAUUUUUACAGAUUAAAUUGUCUAUUAUAUUUGGUUAAGAUAUACCACAGAGCUGGUGAAUAUAUUAAGUGAAUUCUGUUUUAGUUAGUUUCUAAUCCUUUUUUACUUUUGUACCAUUAUUUCUCAAACUGUUUGUCUUUUCAAUAAUUUGCAGGGAGUUUUUUUUCAGUUGUCGACGGAGCCAAAUAAAAGUGGAAAUGAG